CACUGUUCAGACCGUUCCUCUGAAAAUUAUUAUUGUGGUCAAGAAAAUGAGUGGCUAUAAGGAGAAGCCAGCUGACGAAAGUUAUUACACAUCCGGACCCCAUCAAUUAGGGGAUCCGGACGAUAAGUCAUUGCGUAAGGUAGAGGUAGAGAUUCUCAUACCCAAGAUCAUGCGAGACCGUGCCAGAGAAGAGAAAUGUAUCCAAGAAGUGGCGGAAUUUACAAAGUGUGGCAAGGAGAAUGGGCUUAUGUUGGUAUUUUCAUGUCGAAGGGAGAAUGAGAAGCUAAAGAACUGCCUAACAAAGUGGUAUCAAAAUGAGAGCUUCAAGAGCGAAUGCCGGCAAAUGUACUUAGACGAUAGGACAGAAUACCGCAGAACGGGCAUAAAGAAGAAGCAUCGGAACAUCACAGAACAACAGUGAUUUAGUGUAAUAAUCAGUCUAUUCAUGUUGGAUGAAAAGAAAAUCGCCUGGGAUUAACUUCACUGACUGUAAAAUUAUUAAACUUAUCUGCUAAA